UCUUAGGCCGCGGAGCAGUGCAGAAGUGACCGCUCUCCAUGGAGGACCACAAGAAGGAGGCAGAGAGCUCCACGGAACUGGAGGUCGACGAUGUGAGGGACCCCAGCGCCGAAUACGUCGAGUCAAAGGGGGCGUGCAUGAUGGUGCGGCACGUCCAGGUGGCGCUCAUGUGCGGCGCAGUGACCAUCGCCUACGCCCUCAGGGUCAACAUGUCCGUCGCGGUCGUCGUCAUGGCCAGCCACAACGCAUCCAACACCGACAUUCGGGAUUUCGGUUGGACGACGUCCGAGACGAGCGCGGUCCUGAGCUCGUUCUUCUGGGGCUACGUGGUGACGCAGGUGCCGGGCGGCCAGCUGGCCGAGCGCUUCGGCGGGAAGCGUUUCAUCGCGGGCUCCAUCUGCCUCACCGGCUUCUUCACGGCGCUCACGCCCCUAGCGGCCGACAUCGGCGGCUGGCAGCUCGUCUGCGCCUCGCGCCUCGUGCAGGGGCUCUGCCAGAGUUGCAUCUACCCAUCUGUCCACGCACUGCUGGCUAGGUGGGUUCCACCAGAUGAGAAUGGUCGCUCGGCAACAAUUGUAUAUGCUGGUUCUCAACUGGGAACAGUGAUUGCGAUGCCUGCGUCUGGCCUCUUAGCAAAUAGCAAUAUGGGCUGGCCAUCCAUUUUCUAUGUAUUUGGUGGAGUGGCUGUGGCAUGGUCACUAUUGUAUUUUAUUUUGGGAGCAGACACUCCUGCAAAGCACAAAUACAUUUCCAGAGUGGAGAGAAUUUAUAUUGAAAAAUCAUUAGCACAAACUGCUCAUGGUAAAGAGAAGCUGUCCACACCAUGGAAGGCCAUAUUCACUUCUCCACCAAUGAUAUCUCUCAUAAUAGCUCACUGCACACAAAACUGGGGCUUCUGGACUUUAUUGACGCAGAUGCCCACUUAUAUGGAUAGAGUACUGGGUUUCAACAUCCAAUCAAACAGUUUGCUGUCAGCUCUGCCAUAUCUUGUGAUGUGGGGACUCAGCUUUGUGUUUAGUGGGGUAUCUUAUGUCUUGGAACGGAAGAAGUGUCUAUCCUUAGGAACACUCAGGAAGCUCUUCAAUUCCAUUGCUCACUGGGGUCCUGGAAUUGCUCUUGUUGUGCUGAGCUAUACUCAUGUGUCAGAUCCCACUGCUGCAGUUGUUCUACUCACAGUGGCUGUUGGCAUCAAUGCUGGUGUCUAUGUAGGCUACCAGAUAAAUCACAUCGAUCUGUCUCCAAAUUUUGCUGGAACCAUGAUGGGCAUAACCAACUGUGCAGCUAACAUCAUGUCUAUCAUAGGACCUCUUAUGGUUGGAUUGUUUGUGAAGAAUGAUACGCAGGAGGAAUGGCGUUACAUAUUUCUUAUGGCUGCUGGAAUUUACUUCCUAGGAAACUUGACAUUUGUUAUCUUUGGGAAGGCAGAAGUACAGCCCUGGAAUGAUCCCAGCUUCAUGAAAAAGAAGCAUGAAGAUGAUGUCAUAAUUGAGACUGAAAAAUUGUAACACUGAAAAAUUGCAGCAAGAAGACAGACUGAUGGCUCAGACAGAAACAAGAGUAUUGGCAUGCUGGAGCAGCAUUAUGGAGUGGAAGGUAGACUUCACAAUGGGAAGGAUAAAGCUGGCUGGUAUGCCUGAAAUUGCAUCCUACUUGCUUCAAGUGCAGCUAAUUGUUAUCCUCAGAUGUAAUGAACAUUUUUUGCAGCUGCUGAACUUUUAUUCCAGUUGCAAAGAAAUAUUUUCUUGACCUUUUUUUAAAAACCUAUUAAAUAUCAGUAAAGACUGACAA